CGGACAUAAGUAUAAUAGGUAGGUAUACGCCAACAAAUAACACCACAAAACGACAAAACAAUAAAGGCACGCCUAGCGCCUCUGACGGCACGUUCUCGAACAACAAUCAGCUGACCCUGUUUUUCUCCUCUCUCUCUCUUCUGUUGCCAAACGAGAUGUGCAGUUCAUAAUAAGUAUCGAGCAAAGUCAACACACAACGCAAAACUUCAUCUCGUUAUUAAUUUCUGUCUCGUUGUUGUACAAGCGAUAGGUGUACAUUCUAUACGUACAAAUUAGCGAGACACGCAGCAUAAAUGCGCAUUAUAAAUAAUAGUUUAACGCUGUGGGCCACUGGGAGUCUUGUCGUCCACGACGGAUAGCACUCGCGACGACAACAACAUCGACGCGAUGAUGGACAUGAAGACUAAUGUGAAUUUCGUGUGCCAGCGGUGCCUCCAGCCACUCAAGCUCGACCCGAGCUUCAAUCAUCUUGGCGAGCACACACUGGCCGAGUUGUCGCUACCUAUUCAACAACAAAGUACUGGGGACAUUGAUUCUCAGAGCAGCAGCUUGGAGCACUUGGUUCCUCCAUUUCGUCUCACAGAGUUCACAAGUGGAUCGAAUGGAUUCAUGUUGGUUGGUGAUUCAGGUGAAACAGAGAGCCUAAGUCAUCAUUUAAGGGUUCGAGCAACACUGUUUGAUGUGCUGAGUAGUACCACCUCCUGUGAUCAUCCACUAUGUGACGAGUGUACAGAUAGUCUUUUAAUGCUCAUGGAUCAACAAUUAAGGCUUACAGAAAAUGAAUGGUCAGAAUACAGGGAUUAUCUAAGAAGACUAGAAGAAGAACAGUUGCAGUCUGGAAACGAAGACAGUGAAAAAGAAGCUUUGGAAAAGGAAUUACAAGAUGCUAGGGCUGAAGAAAAGAGAAUGAUAAUUGAGUUAGAGGCAUUAAGAAAAGAAGAGGCAGCAACGAAAGAAGCGAUUGUGGAACAAGAGAAAGAAAAGGAAAGGUUAAAGUGUGAAGAGGAAAGAUAUUGGAAACAAUAUGCACGUCACAGAAGAGAAAUCAUGCUGGCAGAGGAUGAAUGUAGAAGCUUGGAAAAUCAACUGGCCUAUGCAGUAUCACAACUUGAAAGACUGAAAAAGACCAAUGUCUUCAAUGCUACUUUUCACAUUUGGCAUUCUGGUCAUUUUGGCACUAUAAACUCUUUUAGAUUAGGAAGGUUACCAAGUGCUCCAGUCGAUUGGAGUGAAAUAAAUGCUGCAUGGGGUCAAACAACCUUACUUUUGACUGCACUUGCAAGGAAAAUGGAUCUAACAUUCAAAAGAUACAAAUUAGUGCCAUUUGGUAAUCAUAGUUACAUCGAAGUGCUAGAUCAGCACAAGGAGCUACCCUUGUAUGGUAGUGGUGGUUUCAAAUUCUUAUGGGACACAAAAUUUGAUGCAGCUAUGGCUGCUUUUCUUGAUUGCUUGCAACAGUUCAGGGAAGAAGUGGAAAAUAGUAAAAGUGGAUUCAGUCUUCCUUACAGAAUUGAAAAAGGAAGAAUAGAGGAUUGUUCAACAGGAAGUUCUUAUUCAAUAAAAAUCCAAUUUAAUUCUGAAGAACAAUGGACUAAAGCUCUUAAAUUUAUGCUGACUAAUCUGAAAUGGGGUCUUGCCUGGGUCAGUUCCCAGUUUGAUAAGGAUGAGGCAUUAACGCAAACUGAUCUCAAAUCUGCGAAAACAUAAUUCUGCUAAGAAAGGCUGUUCAAUGUACAUACGUAUUUGUAUAUAAAAAAAGUUUGUCCUAAAGAUAAAUUAUUUGGAAUUUUAA